UGAGAUCACGUGGUUUAUUCAUCGUGUAUUUCACGCUGAUCAUUUCAAUCUGUGCGGUUGGUCUAAUCGGUUCUAGUUAGAGUUAUAUAGUAAUUUACUUAAUUCUAAACUAAGAUUUUAAGAUUAAUCUCGGAUGAUCUAUUAUCGCAAAUAUAGUUCGAAGUUAUUGUUGUACUUCUCUCAUAAGAAACAUGUACACUGUAUCAAAAGGACCUAGCAAGAUAGUCGCUAAAACACGAAGAGGAAUUAGUCAGAAUCUUGAGAGGUUGGAAACUUUGCGUGAUUUAACAAGGAAAGCAGAUCCUGAUGAUGAUCAUGAGAUUACCCGCCAUGUGCCAAAACCAGUUUUUCACAUGAAUGGAAAAUCUAAAUUCAGUUCACAGAGACAUCAAAUACAAGAAGUUAUUACUCCUCAACAUGAAGAACUUAUUAAAUUUGUUUAUGAAUCAUGGAAUCAAGUCAAUACACGACAAAGAAGUGAAUCUUCUGAUGGUUCAGAUUGUUCAGAACCUUCCAGUCCUAACACUAUAGUAUAUUACAAUGAUGGUGAACCAAAUGAUACUCUUCAAGCCUAUAACAAUUAUGUUUUAGAUUUUAAGCCAUUUGAUUUGGAAUCAUGGUGGGGUAAACGAUUAUUUAAUAAUAUCACAAAAUCACUUUGAAAAAAGGAGAAAUUUAUAAAAGUUGAAGAUAUAUUUCAAAGUAGUACAGAUUGGUAAACAGUGCUAAACAUUAGCCUGUUUUGUGUUUUAAAAGUUAAUCUAAGAACCAGUGAAUAUUUGUGUAGAAUUAAAUCUGAGAAUUAGAAACAAACCUAAUUUGUUGGAUAUCACAAUUAGUGAAUUUGAAUUGUUAUAUAAUUCAUAUAUAUUGUAUUUGUUAUAAUGAAUUGUAUACAUGUAUAUUGUUUUUGUAAAAUUGUAACUUUUUAUUAUAUAUGUACACAAUCAUACAACUUUUUAAAAUUAAAUUUAUAUAUUAGAAAUACACAAACAUAAAGCUUUUUAAAAUUAAAUUUAUAUAUUAAAAAUUUUAUGUACAUGAAUAUAAAUUUUUUUGAAUGUUUUAAUAUUCACAUUUUUUAAUGAUUUGCAUGAAUUCAAUAUGCAUAAUUAUCAAUAAUUUUCUUGAAUAUGUAAUAUAAAAAUUACAUAAUUCUUUAUUGUUCAUAAGGCUGUUUUAAAAUUUUAAUCAAUGUAAAAGUGUACAGAAAUUUCAUUUAAAUAUAAAGUAUAAUCCAAAUUUAAAUUAAAUGAUAAAAUUAAUGUGAUACAAAAUACAAUUGCUAUUUUUUUUUGUAGGUUUUUAAAAUAAUUCAGGUAAAGGUAUACAACUCAUAAAUAUAUACCAAAUAGGUUAAGUAUAUAUAAAACUUCCUGCGUAGUAUGAAUGCAGCGUGAAAAUAAUGAAUUUUUCAUAAAAUGAUGUAAAUAUUACAUGCAUCGUUUGUGUGAAUGCAUGAAUACAUUGCUGAUAUUGUUAUCAUCUGUAUCUAAAUACUUUUAAGCAAAUUUUAGUAUAACUUUGUAGACUGAUAACAUUUAAGAUUGUUAUAUGAUUAUAAGAUAAAAUAAAGUUUGUCAGUAAUGUAUUUGCAAGCUUUGCUUUUUAAGAUUUCAUAUCUAAGUUUUAUUUCAUUUUUCUGAUUUAACUUUAAUUAAACUUUGGUAAAUUUUAAUAAAUUUAAUAUGAAACUUUGAUAUUUCAAAAAAGUAGAGUUUGCAAAAGUAGUCAAAAUAUGUAGUGCAAUAUUUGGCCAUUUAUGGCUGAAUUAAGUAAUUAUAAAUAAAUGCACCUUUAUAUUGAU